UAUCUUUUGAGAUUUCAAGUGACCAUUACAGGCAGGAAUGGAAGCAGACGAUUCAGAGCUGUGGCUACUAAAAUAGAAACUUCAUGUUACCAAUAUGGGACAUAAAGUGAUUGUAUUUGACAUUUCUGUCAUAAGAGGAUUGUGGGAAUCACGUGUCAGAAAGCAUCAAGAGCGACAGAAGAAGGAAGCUGAAAGAUUAGAGCAAAGUGCUUUGGAAAAGAUAAAAGAGGAGUGGAAUUUUGUUCAUGAAUGCAGGAAGAAAGGCAUUCCCCAAUCUGUAUACUGCAAGAAUGGUUUUGUAGACACCGAUGUGAGGAUUUUGGAGAGAAUAGAAAAGAACUCAUCACUGACAAAGGAGUCACUCUCCAAGGGCAGAGGAAAAAGAAAAAAUAAAUUCAUUUUUGAACUUUCAGGGAUGGAGUGGAAGGAACUCCCAGAUUCCCUGAGGGAACAGACCCAUCUGAAAGAAUGGCAUAUAGAAAAUACCCUGAUUCAGACUAUUCCUACUUAUAUUCAGCUCUUUCAGGCGAUGAAGAUUCUGGAUUUGCCAAAAAACAAAAUCACACAUCUUCCUGCUGAAAUUGGUUAUUUGAAGAGCCUGAAAGAACUCAAUGUGAGUUUCAACCAUCUGAAGAGUGUUCCUCCAGAAUUAGGAGACUGUGAAAAUCUGGAGAAACUGGAUUUGUCUGGAAAUCUAGAAUUAACGGAGCUCCCAUUUGAACUAAGUAAUUUGAAACAAGUUACGUUUGUAGAUGUGUCAGCAAAUAAGUUGUCCAGUAUUCCCAUAUGUGUUCUCCGGAUGUCAAAUUUACAGUGGUUGGACAUCAGCAACACAGUAAAUGAUCUUCCACAAGAUAUAGACAGGCUGGAAGAAUUGCAGUCCUUCCUCUUACAUAAAAACAAACUGACCUACCUCCCUAAGGCUUUGCUCAACUUAACAAAGCUCACGCUGUUAGUAGUCAGUGGGGAAGAUUUGGUGGAGAUUCCAACAGCUAUUUGUGAGUCAAGCACUUUAAAAUUUGUAAGCCUCAUGGAUAACCCAAUUGGCAAAACCAACUAUCAAGACAGUGAAGAAAUGACAGGAAGUGAGCAAGAUCGCCAGCAUUUUGAAAAGGAGUUUAUGAAAGCCUACCUUGAAGACCUAAAAGAAAGAGAAUCUGUUCCUAGCUAUACCACAAAGGUGUCGUUUAAUCUUCAACUUUGAUAUCAUCCUGCAGGAAGACAGAAUAAUCCCCUGAUUAUGGUCAUUAUGAGUGGAAAACUUUGGUGUUCUGAACUGACUCAAUUGUCCUUUAAGUACAACAGACUGAUUUUUUUUCUUCAUUCACAACAGCAAUGGCAUGUGCUUUAGAACAAAACUCAAGAAGCUACUUUGGUAGUUGAGUGAUCAUUUUAGAAAAUAUAUGAUUUUUGAAGUUGUAUUUUUACAGACCAAAUUCAUAAGUUGACAGUAUUGUUUUCAAAAAUAUAGGAGUAAAUGAUAUUGUAUUAAGUGUUCAUAUUAGUUUAUUUUGCUCUUUUAAACAUAAUUUAUAAAGUUUUAUUUUUUUAGAACUGUUUUCAUCAGUUUGUACAGACUGUUCUUUCUGUGGAUUUUAAGUAAUACUGUAGGAAGUGGAGGCUUCCACAUCUGAAUCACAUAUCCAAUCCAGUAGAUAUUUAUUAAGUGCCUACUAUGUGCCAGGCAUUGUGCUAUGUGCUGGACAUACAAUUAGUAAAAAGAAAGGCAGUCCCUGCCCUCCAGAAGAUUAUAACCUAAUGCAAGGGGCAGAUGACACACACAAAAAAGGGUCAAGAGUGAGGGAGUGGGGUAAAGAUUAGGUGUGGGAACUUCUUGUUUCUUGGAGUUAAAACUAGGCAGAGUAUCAGAUGCAGAGUGGAGUGAACUGAAAAGUCCAGUUUCUGCCCUCUAUAAAGAAAGGCAUUGGGAGGAAAAGCUUAUUAUGUAAACUAAACAUGUGGCUGCUUAGAGGAUUGAAAAGGGGAAUUUGGCAGAGGAAUUUUUAAAGGGCUAGGAUUGGAGGAGGUCGGUUAAUAGCUACGGGAAUCACCUGUUUUCCUACUUAUUCCUCUUUUAUCUUCCUUAUUCUAAUUCCAUAAACUCACAAACCAGCCCUUUGUUCUUCAGUGACCUAACACUGGAUUAUAGAGAAGUAAUAGCAAUGUUGAGACCACGUCUGACAAUGAUGAUGAUGAUGAUGAUGAUGAUGAUGAAGAUAACUGAACUUUACAUAAAACAUUAGAUACACUAUUUCAUUUUUGUCACUUAAUAACAUUGUGCAGUAGGUAUUACAGGUAUUAUUUCCAUUUUAUACAAGAAGAAAUUGAUAUUCAAGAGGUAAACUGACUUGGCAGUAUUCAUAGAACUAGUAAAAGUCAGAGGCAGAAUUUGAACUCUGAUGUCUUUGAGCAGUAGUACUAACACUCUUCCCAUUGUGCCCUAUUGUCUGAUAUAAAUCUAUUUCUGUUCACUGUAAACCAAUUUCUUCUCACUACAAUGAAUAUAAGAGAAUUGUACAUGGUUAAAGAUGGCAAAUAAACAGACAUAAUCAUGGCAACCAUACUAACACAGUUAGGGUAUUUGGCAGUGUACUGUUAGAAUUAAAGAAAUAGUUUACAAAUAGAUUAAAAGAUUGAGGAAAAUCAAAAUAAUAUUACUAUAACUUUAAAUGAGAAUUUUUUUUGUUAAAAUUGUUUUUUCAACCAAAUUUAAAGUCUCUAAUUUUAUAAUAUUAAUGAUUUUGGAAGUUGUUUAUUGACUUGUAAAGGUAAAUUUUAUAAAGAACCAAAUGAAAAAAAAAUACAUCCUAUCUCAGUGGAAAAUGUGGAUUUACAUAUGAAUCAAAUUUGCAUAAUUUACACAUAA